ACGGAGCGGAGUACGGUGUACAGAGAAUUCUCCAAUAUCUAGUCCACACUUUCAAAGUCCACACUUCACGUAAAAUGCCGUAAUCUAAAAUCCCGCUUUGGAGGCGCCUGAUAAGGUAACAAGCCGUAAUGUAGAUUCUGGGAAUCCCGCUUCUAUUUUCUUUAAGAAGGAAGUUGUUAGAAGUAAUCCGUGAAUAUGAUCAAGAUUCUCCCAUCCUCCCACUAAGCGGUGUGAACAAUCCAGCAGGCCAUCCAUGACCCCAAAUCCCAGUAUGAAGACAGCGACAAAAACCUAUCCCAUCCCCAGUCGUCGCCAAAGUCUUUAAGAAUAUUCUCACAAUCUCACCCCUAUAACGUAACAUAAAGCUCCAAUCUUGUGGAAAAUACCCACAAAUCCAAGAAAGCGUUUCAAUGGAUCGCUCCACCAGCACAAGAAGAGAGCCGGGCGGCAUGGAAUUGUCCUUGGAUUCCAAGAAAAGUGACGGCGCGGCGGAGUCUGAGUCUGUGGAGAGGAUAUUCCAGUCCCAAGAGGUGCCUUCAUGGCAGGGCCAACUGACUUUCCGGGCUUUCGGUGUGAGCUUAGUCCUCGGCGUCCUCUUCACCUUCAUAGUCAUGAAGCUCAAUCUCACCACUGGGAUUAUCCCUUCUCUCAAUGUUUCUGCUGGUCUUUUGGGGUUCUUCUUUGUCAGGACUUGGACAAAGUUUCUUGAGAGAUCUGGGUACAUGAAGCAGCCUUUUACCAGACAGGAAAACACUGUGAUUCAGACUUGUGUUGUUGCCACCUCCGGCAUAGCCUUCAGCGGAGGUUUUGGAAGCUACAUGUUUGGAAUGAGUGAGACGGUUGCCAAGCAAGCAAAUGUAGCUAAUGAUGCAGAGAAUAUUAAGAAUCCAGGGGUGGCUUGGAUGAUUGGUUUUCUCUUUGUUGUCAGCUUUCUCGGGUUAUUCUCUGUUGUUCCUCUUAGAAAGAUAAUGAUCAUAGACUUCAAGCUCACAUAUCCAAGCGGCACAGCCACUGCUCAUCUUAUUAACAGUUUCCAUACCCCACUGGGAGCUAAGCUUGCAAAGAAACAGGUUAGAAUUCUUGGAAAGUUUUUCUCCUUCAGUUUCCUCUGGGGCUUCUUCCAAUGGUUUUUUAAGGCAGGAGAUGACUGUGGGUUUUUAAAUUUUCCUACAUUUGGUCUUGGGGCGUAUAAACACAGAUUUUUCUUUGAUUUCUCAACAACUUAUGUUGGUGUUGGAAUGAUAUGUCCACACCUAGUAAACGUAUCUGUGCUACUUGGAGCAAUCCUUUCGUGGGGGAUAAUGUGGCCUCUUUUAUGGACCCGGAGAGGUGAUUGGUAUCCUGCAAAUCUAAGCCAAAGCAACCUAAACGGCUUGCAAGGUUACAGGGUUUUCAUAGCAAUUGCCUUGAUUCUUGGAGAUGGUCUUUACAAUUUCUUCAAAGUUCUUGGCCGGACCUUAUAUGGCAUAUAUCAACAACUAUUAAAAAAUAGAGCUGUCUUAUUGCCGUCCUCUGGGUCCUCUCCACGAGAACCUUCUGUGUCAUUUGAUGACCAACUUAGGACCCAACUUUUCCUCAAGGACCAAAUUCCAACAUGGUUGGCCAUUCUUGGGUAUGUUAUGAUUGCCAUAGUCUCAACCAUUACACUCCCACACAUCUUUCAUCAACUCAAGUGGUACCACAUUUUGGUUAUGUACGUCUUUGCCCCAUUACUGGCCUUCUGCAACGCGUACGGGUGUGGUCUCACGGACUGGUCAUUAGCGUCAACUUACGGAAAGCUUGCGAUUUUCAUAAUAGGGGCAUGGGCAGGGGCCACCCAUGGAGGGGUCCUUGCUGGACUGGCGGCAUGUGGGGUCAUGAUGAACAUUGUGUCGACCGCAUCAGACCUGACUCAGGAUUUCAAGACGGGGUACAUGACCCUGGCCUCACCCCGGUCCAUGUUCAUAAGCCAGAUCAUUGGGACAGCAAUGGGUUGUGUUAUCUCCCCUCUCGUGUUUUGGAUCUUUUACAACGCUUUCCCGGAUUUGGGUAAAACCGGGUCAGAGUACCCGUCACCAAAUGCAACUGUCUUUCGGAACAUGGCCAUCUUGGGGGUUGAAGGGUUUUCGUCUCUUCCGAAAAACUGCCUCACACUGUGCUAUGCAUUCUUUGCUGUGGCCAUUGUUAUGAAUGGGAUAAGGGAUGGUGUGGGGAAGAAGAUAGCUCAGUUCAUUCCUCUGCCGAUGGCAAUGGCUAUCCCUUUCUAUAUCGGAGGUUACUUUGCGAUUGAUAUGUUUGUUGGGAGUGUGAUAUUGUUUGUGUGGCAGAAGAUAAACAAGGCAAAGGCUGAUGCUUUUGGACCAGCUGUGGCUUCUGGACUGAUAUGUGGAGACGGGAUGUGGACCUUGCCAGACUCGAUACUCGCUUUGGCCGGGGUAAAGCCGCCUAUUUGUAUGAAGUUCUUGUCGAGGAAGGAUAACGUGAGGGUUGAUGCGUUCUUAGUAGGUUCUUGAUUUUCAUGUUUUCUGAAGUCGGAGUUAAAAUUCUUCUUUCUGUCAGUGGCUAUUGACGUGUGUGUGUAUAUGAUCAGACCAAAGGGAUGUUUGAUCAUUUUCUCUUUCUAAUCUCUUUGUGUGAAAUGUUAAAAGGGUGAUGUUCAUAGAAGCCUGAGACUGACGUCCAAAGGGAGCCUUGGUGUAAUUUUUUUUAUAGCCUUGGUGUAAAUGUGUAAUUCAUACUACGUAGUACGUAGGAUAUUGCCUCUGUUCAGAUUUAUGUAGAAAAAUGGUGUGAAGUCAAAUAUCUUUGUAGAUUUAUAGAUCUUUUUAAUUAGAAUCUGUGAAUCUGUCCAUGUUUUGUUGAUAUGAAGUAUAUUUAUUAUUUAUCACAUACGUAGGGCAAAUUAUACCGUGUGAUCGGCUCACCUUGUGCAUAGUGUGCUCAUUCCAAACAGUGCCGUUUUAUUAAUGAGAAAAAUAAUCUUCUCUCCCGAUUUGUAAAGUCUUCGUGCCCUAGGAGAUUCACUUUGGAGCCGUCGUAAGAAGCAUCAGAAGCUAUGGAUCUCGAUUCUGGCUGAGUUGUCGCCUACAGAGCUCCAAAUUGGACUCCAUCUCAACUGCUCUUAUCCUCUCCUCCACAGAGAAAACCAACGUGAAUCUGCCAAGACAAUACCUUCAAGCAAUAACCACCACAAGCCACCUUAGGCAUAUGAGUGUUGGAAGUAUGCCCUAGGACAAUCAUACUUUAUGAUUUAUCAAUGAAUAUUUAAUGCUCAUUAAUUAACAAAGUCAAACUCAUUUUAUG